AAAUGGAAAAUAUGCCCCAUGUUUUACUCUGUCGUUCCCAAAGCCGAUCCUCUUUCCUCUUCCCUUCCCCAUUUCCCAUUUCCAGUCUGGUGGUUCGGUUGACUGACUCUCCUCUCUUCCCCACCCAAACCUGCUUCUUCUUCCUCCUCCUCCAUAUCUCUGCACCACUGAAACCCUAGCUCGCUUCAAAUUCGCUGCCCUUUUCCAUCUCUCAACUCAUCCGUCACCGGGAUGGCGGCAUCGGCUCUCUCGCUGUGGAGUCUCUUCUUCGCAGCGCUCGCUCUCCCCGUCGCGUUCGGCAAUUCGGAAGGGGACGCUCUCUACACGCUGCGGAGGAGCUUGUCCGAUCCGGAUAACGUCCUCCAGAGCUGGGAUCCCACCCUCGUCAACCCUUGCACCUGGUUCCACAUCACCUGCAACCAGGAUAACCGCGUCACCCGAGUGGAUUUAGGCAAUUCAAAUUUGUCUGGACAUCUAGUGCCUGAACUCGGGAAGCUAGAGCAUUUACAGUACUUGGAGCUGUAUAAGAACAACCUGCAUGGGACUAUCCCUGCUGAACUGGGUAAGUUGAAGAAUCUGAUCAGCUUGGACCUGUACAACAACAACAUAACAGGGACAAUUCCUUCUUCGCUGGGAAAAUUGAAGAGUCUUGUGUUCUUACGGCUUAAUGACAACCAAUUAACUGGACCAAUUCCAAGGGAGCUUGGUGCUGUUUCUAGCCUUAAAGUAGUUGACGUUUCAAACAAUGACUUGUGUGGAACUAUUCCAACAAAUGGACCAUUCGAGCAUAUUCCAUUGAACAACUUUGAGCACAACCCUCGACUAGAAGGUCCAGAAUUGCUAGGACUUGCAAGCUACGACACAAAUUGCUCGUAAGAAAACCCUGACCGUUCUGGAAUGGCCUUAGCGGGCGUGUAAAACUGUAAUAUCUCAGUGUGGGGGAUGGGGGGAGCGCUAGUAACUGCAGCCUCCCUAAUAUUUGUAUGUAUAUCUUAUCGUGUUGCUUAAUGCUUCUUUGUAACCUUACUAUAACUCCAUUUGCCUAUGUUUCAUCUAUCCUCUUGUCAAGUUGUAUUAAUAGUGGCAGCGAGGAGAGAGAGCUUCACUAUAUAUGUAUGCUGGUUCUGAUGUGUGUGGUUCAUAUAAUGUAACGCAAUAUGUCGCUGCAAAUUACGAGUAAUCGAAUGCUGUGGUAUUAGUUUCUGCUAAUCUCACACCGAGUUGAAA